AUGCCGCCCGAGCAUCUCCGCAAGAUUGUGAGGGACAUUGGCGACGUUUCACAAAAGAAGUUCAGCAGUGACAAGCGGUCUUACUUGGGCGCGCUGAAGUUCAUGCCACAUGCGGUGCUGAAGCUCUUGGAGAACAUGCCAAUGCCGUGGGAGUCAUCAAGAGAAGUGAAAGUGCUCUACCACGUUAACGGCUGUCUAACUUUGGUCAACGAAAUACCGCGCGUCAUUGAGCCCGUAUUCCAUGCCCAAUGGGCGACGAUGUGGGUUGUCAUGAGGCGGGAGAAGAGUGACAGGCGACACUUCAAGCGCAUGCGUUUCCCGCCCUUUGACGACGAGGAGCCACCGCUUAGCUGGAGCGAGAACAUUGAAGACGUGGAACCCUUAGAGCCUAUUCAAAUGGAGCUGGACUCCGAAGAAGAUGCGCCAGUAUAUGGGUGGUUUUACGAUCACCGGCCGCUCUCCGAUACAUCGCACGUUAAUGGACCGAGCUACAAGCAGUGGAACCUCACAUUGCCGCAGAUGGCGACGCUGCAUCGGCUUAGCAAUCCUUUACUGUCCGACAUCUCGGAUAAGAACUACUUCCAUCUCUUCGAUCUACCCGCGUUUUCUACGGCUAAGGCGCUGAAUGUGGCAAUGCCGGGUGGACCGCGUUUCGAGCCGUUGUACAAGGACAUCGAUCCGAAUGAUGAGGACUUCGGAGAGUUCAAUGCCAUCGAUCGCAUCAUAUUCCGUGCGCCAAUUAGGACUGAGUACCGUGUGGCGUUUCCGUAUCUGUACAAUACCCUCCCAAGAAGCGUGAAGCUUGGCGUAUACAGUUUCCCGCAGACCGUCUAUGUCAAGACCGAAGACCCGUCACUACCAGCAUUCUACUUUGAUCCGGUGGUUAACCCAAUAUCCAGUCGAUCCGUGGCGCCUAAGAAUCUCACCAUCUCCCACGAGGACGAGAUUUUCGGCAAGGGCAGCAACGAGGAGCCUGACGAAGAAGACGGUGGAUUCAACCUACCGAACGAAGUUGAGCCGUUCAUGGCUGACGAAGAGCUCUAUAACGAUGACACUGCGUCAGCUAUUGCGCUUUGGUGGGCGCCGUUUCCCUUUGACAAGCGCUCCGGCAAGAUGGUUCGUGCGGAGGACGUCCCGUUGGUGAAGCAGUGGUACCUGGAGCAUGUGCCGCAGGGUCAGCCAGUGAAGGUGAGGGUGUCAUACCAGAAGCUGCUGAAGAGCUACGUCCUGAAUGAGCUGCACAAAAAGCCGGCCAAAGCACAGAACAAGCAGAAUCUGUGCCGUAGCCUGAAGAGUACCAAGUUUUUCCAGCAAACGACCAUCGACUGGGUGGAGGCUGGGCUCCAAGUCUGCAGACAAGGCUUCAACAUGCUAAAUCUGCUUAUUCACCGCAAGAAUCUGACAUAUCUACACCUGGACUACAACUUCAACCUCAAGCCCAUCAAGACGCUGACGACCAAGGAGCGGAAGAAGUCGCGUUUCGGCAAUGCGUUUCACCUGAUGCGUGAGAUUCUGCGCUUGACGAAACUUAUCGUAGACGCACAGGUGCAGUAUCGGCUGGGCAAUAUUGAUGCUUUCCAGCUUGCUGACGGCAUCCUGUACGCUUUCAACCACGUAGGACAGCUCACGGGCAUGUACCGCUACAAGUACAAGCUCAUGCAUCAGAUUCGCUCAUGCAAAGAUUUGAAGCAUCUGAUCUACUACCGCUUCAACUCCGGACCUGUAGGCAAGGGUCCUGGCUGCGGCUUCUGGGCUCCGGCGUGGCGCGUCUGGCUCUUCUUCCUGCGUGGCAUCAUCCCACUGCUUGAGCGCUGGCUUGGCAAUCUGCUCAGCAGGCAGUUCGAAGGCCGUCACAGUAAAGGUGUGGCUAAGACCGUGACCAAGCAGAGAGUGGAGUCGCACUUUGACUUGGAGCUGCGCGCUUCAGUGAUGGCAGACCUGAUGGACAUGAUGCCGGAAGGCAUCAAGCAGAGCAAGGUUAACACGGUGUUGCAGCACUUGUCUGAGGCCUGGCGGUGCUGGAAGUCGAACAUUCCGUGGAAGGUGCCAGGCCUGCCCAAGCCGAUUGAAGAUAUCAUCCUGAGAUACGUGAAGAGCAAGGCAGACUGGUGGGUUAGUGUUGCUCAUUACAACCGCGAGCGCAUUCGACGGGGUGCUACUGUCGAUAAGACGGUGGCAAAGAAGAACCUCGGCCGAUUGACACGGCUGUGGUUGAAGGCUGAGCAAGAGCGGCAGCACAACUACCUCAAGGAUGGACCAUAUGUGAGUACCGAAGAGGGUGUGGCCAUCUUCACGACGGCGGUACAUUGGCUGGAGAGUCGCAAAUUUCAGCCUAUACCUUUCCCAAGUGUAUCGUACAAACACGAUACUAAGAUCUUGAUUCUCGCCCUUGAGCGGCUCCGCGAAGCGUAUAGCGUUAAAGGACGCUUGAACCAGAGUCAGCGUGAAGAGCUGGCGCUGAUCGAGCAAGCAUAUGACUCGCCCGGCACGACUUUGGCGCGCAUCAAGCGCUUCCUACUCACACAGCGUGCCUUCAAGGAGGUCGGUAUUGACAUGAACGACAACUACUCCACCAUCAACCCGGUCUACGACAUUGAGCCUAUUGAGAAGAUCACGGAUGCAUACCUCGAUCAGUAUUUGUGGUAUCAAGCCGACCAGCGCCGCCUCUUUCCACCCUGGAUCAAGCCUUCCGAUUCGGAGGUGCCACCGCUACUUACAUACAAGUGGGCUCAGGGUAUCAACAAUCUCAGCAAUGUGUGGGGUGUCGAAGAGGCCGAGUGCGAUGUGAUGCUUGAGACACGGUUGGAUAAGGUGUACGAGAAGAUUGACAUUACACUUCUCAACCGCUUACUGAGGCUUAUCAUGGACCACAAUCUUGCGGACUACAUCAGCAGCAAGAACAACGUUCAGCUCAACUACAAGGACAUGAACCACACAAACGCGUAUGGCAUGAUUCGCGGGCUGCAGUUCUCGGCGUUUGUGUUCCAGUACUACGGCCUCAUCAUCGACCUGCUUCUGCUGGGGCUACAGCGAGCCACUGAUAUGGCAGGGCCGCCGAAUGCGCCCAAUGAUUUCUUACAGUUCCGUGACCGGGCGGCAGAGACGCGGCAUCCCAUCAGGCUGUACACGCGGUAUAUUGACAAGAUCUGGAUCUUCUUCCGUUUCACCUCGGAGGAGAGUCGAGACCUAAUCCAGCGCUUCUUGACCGAGCAGCCCGACCCUAACUUCGAGAACGUAAUUGGGUACAAGAAUAAGAAGUGCUGGCCUCGUGACAGCCGGAUGCGGUUGAUGCGGCACGAUGUCAAUCUUGGUCGAGCGGUGUUCUGGGAUAUGAAGAACCGUCUUCCGAGAAGCUUGACGACCAUUGAGUGGGACGAUACGUUUGCGAGUGUGUAUAGCAGGGACAACCCAAACUUGCUCUUCAGCAUGAACGGCUUCGAGGUACGGAUCUUGCCGAAGAGCCGGAAUUUGAACGACGAGUUUCCGGUCAAAGAUUCCGUAUGGGCGCUUGUCAACAACGAGACCAAAGAGCGCACCGCGCACGCCUUUUUGCAGGUGACGGAAGAGGAUAUCCACAAGUUCAAUAACCGCAUCCGCCAGAUUUUGAUGAGCUCCGGCAGCACGACGUUCACAAAGAUCGCUAAUAAGUGGAACACUACGCUCAUCGCGCUGUUCACGUAUUACCGCGAGGCGGCCGUCAGCACUGUCAACUUGCUCGAUACCAUCGUCAAGUGUGAGACCAAGAUUCAGACUCGCGUCAAGAUUGGCUUGAAUUCGAAGAUGCCUUCUCGCUUUCCGCCUGCUGUCUUCUACACCCCCAAGGAACUCGGUGGGCUUGGAAUGAUUAGUGGGAGUCAUAUCCUCAUCCCCACAUCCGACAAGCGGUGGUCUAAGCAGACUGACACUGGCGUAACGCAUUAUCGGGCUGGAAUGGGAAGCCAUGGGGAGGAAGAGACGUUGAUACCGAAUAUUUUCCGCUACAUCAUUCCUUGGGAAAGCGAAUUUGUUGACAGCAGUAGAGUCUGGUCCGAAUACGCCCAGAAGCGUAUUGAGGCAAACCAGCAGAAUCGGAGGUUAACCCUUGAAGAUCUCGAGGACAGCUGGGAUCGUGGGCUUCCCAGAAUCAACACUUUGUUCCAGAAGGACCGAUCCACGCUGAGCUUCGACAAGGGUUUCCGUGCACGAGUCGAAUUCAGCAUCUACCGGAACAUGAAGAGCAAUCCUUUCUGGUGGACGUCGCAACGGCAUGACGGCAAGCUCUGGAAUCUCAAUGCAUACCGUACGGACGUCAUACAGGCCUUAGGUGGUGUCGAGACAAUUCUUGAGCAUACGCUCUUCAAGGCGACCGCCUUCCCCAGCUGGGAAGGCCUGUUCUGGGAGAAAGCAUCUGGCUUCGAAGAGUCGAUGAAGUUCAAGAAGCUUACCAACGCCCAGCGCAGCGGUCUGAAUCAGAUCCCCAACAGACGUUUCACUCUGUGGUGGAGCCCUACUAUCAACCGCGCAAACGUCUACGUCGGAUUCCAAGUUCAAUUGGACCUUACCGGUAUCUUCUUGCACGGCAAGAUCCCGACACUGAAGAUCAGCUUGAUUCAGAUCUUCCGUGCUCACUUGUGGCAAAAAAUCCAUGAGUCUGUUGUCAUGGACUUGUGCCAGGUGUUCGACCAGGAGCUCGAUGCACUGGGAAUCGAGACCGUGCAGAAGGAGACUAUACACCCGAGAAAGUCAUACAAGAUGAACUCCAGCUGUGCAGAUAUUCUGCUAUUCGCAAGUCACAAGUGGAGUGUUAGUAGCCCAAGCUUGCUGUAUGACACCAAGGACAACAUGGGCACGACGUCGACGAACAAAUUCUGGAUUGACGUGCAGCUGCGGUAUGGGGAUUACGACUCGCAUGACAUUGAGCGAUAUGUGCGGGCGAAGUAUCUCGACUACACGACUGACUCCAUGUCCAUCUAUCCAUCGGCGACUGGCUUGAUGAUCGGCAUCGACCUGGCGUACAAUCUGUACUCUGCUUACGGGCAGUACUUUCCUGGCUUGAAGCAGCUGGUACAGCAAGCCAUGGCGAAGAUUAUGAAGGCCAACCCUGCGUUGUAUGUCCUGCGGGAGCGUAUCCGGAAGGGGCUGCAGCUGUAUGCGUCCGAGAGCAACCAGGAAUUUUUGAACAGCCAGAAUUACUCCGAGCUUUUCAGCAACCAGAUCCAGCUGUUCAUCGACGAUACAAAUGUCUACCGCGUGACGAUCCACAAGACAUUCGAAGGCAACCUGACCACCAAACCCAUCAACGGCGCCAUCUUUAUCUUCAACCCACGCACGGGCCAGCUGUUCUUGAAGAUCAUUCAUACUAGCGUGUGGGCCGGCCAGAAGCGUUUGGGUCAGCUUGCGAAGUGGAAGACAGCUGAAGAAGUGGCGGCACUUAUCCGGUCGCUGCCGGUAGAAGAGCAGCCGAAGCAGCUCAUCGUUACCCGUAAAGGUUUGCUCGAUCCGCUCGAAGUGCACUUGCUCGACUUCCCGAACAUCAGUAUUCGCGCCUCGGAGCUGCAGCUACCGUUCCAGGCCGCCAUGAAAGUGGAGAAGCUUGGUGACAUGAUUCUGCGAGCGACUGAGCCGCAGAUGGUGUUGUUCAAUCUCUACGAUGAGUGGUUGAAGAGCAUAUCCAGCUACACCGCGUUCUCGCGACUGAUCCUAAUCCUUAGAGCGCUGCAUGUCAACCAGGACAAGACGAAGCUGCUACUUCGGCCGGAUAAGAGCGUCAUCACUCAAGAACACCAUAUCUGGCCAACGCUGUCCGAUGAUGACUGGGUGAAGGUGGAGGUCCAGCUGCGCGACCUGAUCCUGAACGACUAUGGAAAGAAGAACAACGUCAACACCUCUUCACUGACCAACUCGGAGAUCCGCGACAUAAUCCUAGGAAUGGAGAUCUCUGCGCCGUCAAUGCAGAGACAGCAGGCUGCCGAGAUUGAAAAGCAACAGCAAGAGCAGGCGCAGCUUACCGCCGUCACGACAAAGACGCAGAACGUGCGCGGCGAGGACAUGAUCGUCACGACCACAUCCGCCUUCGAGCAGCAGAGCUUCGCCUCGAAGACUGAAUGGCGCACGAGAGCCAUCGCUACCAGCAAUCUGCGGACUCGAGCGAACAAUAUCUACAUCUCUUCUCAAGACAUUCGCGACGAUGAAGAGCACUUCACGUAUGUUAUGCCGAAGAACAUACUAAAGCGCUUCAUCACCAUCGCCGAUCUGCGCGUGCAGGUUGCUGGAUACCUUUACGGUGUAAGCCCGCCAGACAACAAGCAGGUCAAGGAGAUUAAGUGCAUCGUCAUGGUGCCGCAGGUGGGAAGUACGAGAGACAUUCAAUUGCCUAAAAAUCUGCCAGAGCAUGAAAUGCUCAACACCAUGGAGCCUCUCGGUUUGAUACAUACGAGCGCCGGCAAUGAAACGAGCUACAUGACCGCCGCAGAUGUAACGAUGCAUGCGCGAUUGAUGGCAGCGCACAGCAGCUGGGACCGCAAGACCGUCACCAUGACUGUCAACUUCACUCCUGGCUCCGUCUCGCUCUCGGCAUGGUCAUUGACACCGGCCGGCUAUGAGUGGGGUGCCAACAACAAGGAUCUGUCCUCCGAGCAGCCGGCAGGGUUCGCGCCUUCCGCCGGCUUCGCAGAGAAGAGUCAGCUUCUGCUGAGUGAUCGCGUGAAAGGGUUCUACUUAGUCCCCGAGGACGAGCGCUGGAAUUGGUCUUUCCUCGGAUCCGGCUUUGCGGAAAGAGAACGCGGAAAGAUGUAUGUUGGAAUUGGUAUUCCUCGGAUGUUCUAUGACAGCAUCCACAGAACGUUGCAUUUUGCGGACUUCGGCGCUCUUGAGGAUGUCUGGGUUGAUCGAAGCGACAACCUGGCAUAG